AUGGCUGGGCGAGAAUGGUAUUCGGUUGGACCAUUUGCAGAAACAGACAGCCUUCCUGUAUUCAAUGGUAGAGGUGCAGAGACAUGGCGCCUGCCAGCCUGUGUAGUCUCUGUACUUCGUUUUUUAUUCCUCAAACUUCCUGCCCUAGAUAUCCAUGUCGGUGCUGGUCUCCGUAAGGUCGGUACCUGCGACUUUGACCCACUCGAAACUGUUCCACUGCGAUUCCUUUCUGAUGUUUGCCUCUUUACCAGUUUGUUCGGAGGUUGUUGUGUCGGACUGUCUCGAGGGGAUGACAGUAUAGGUGCCGCGGAUCCAUGGGAGAAUGUAAGAGAAGGCGAUUCUGGUGCAAUACUUGAUCUAGGACUACUAUUUCCCGAUAUUGGUAGAGAUAACUUCCGAAUCCAGGAGCCGCGAGACGAGGCAGAAUCUCUAACAACUUCUUCCCCCGAAACCUCAUUGUGCCCAUCCCCCGAUCGGAGAAGUGACCAUCUUCGCGCAGCGCCGUUUUGCGAUGUUGUGGGGGAGUCGAGUCUCGCAUUUGAGGGACGUCGCAGGAAUGCUGUCAAGGUUUGGGAGGUAGGGGUAGAUGAGGAACCGGUCGCAUCAGAAGUAUUGCGACUUUCUGGAGUAGCCAUGGUAGAACUCGUAGGGGGCCUUGAAACGGUAGACGGUGUACCUAAAUUAGAAGAAUCGUCCACAUUUAAUGUAGAUGGGACUUACACUGGGAAUGGUCUUCAUCUUUCACUAUUACUUACACCACUACCAAGAAGGAGAAGAAGUAACGGAGGAAAAGUCGUAAUCGUCAAGAACCUCAUGAGCAUCGUAAGGAUUCCAUACCAAGCGGAAUUUCUCGUUUUGGGUGGUGAGGGAGGUUGA